AACUCCUGGUACAACAUUGAAUAGAAGUGUCCAGAACAAACAUUUUUAUGUUGUUCCUGAUCUUAGAGGGUGAAGCUUUCAGUCUUUCAUUAGUGUGAAUUUCAGCCUGGACCAGUGCAGCCCCAAUGGCACAGACCCCUACAAGCCCAAGUGCCCCGAGAGCGACGCCAUCCGGCACGAGCCUGCCUUCCCCGAGUGGCUGACCGUCAUCCUGCUCUGCCUUUACCUGCUUUUCACCAACAUCCUGCUGCUGAACCUCCUCAUUGCCAUGUUCAACUACACGUUCCAGCAGGUCCAGGAGCACACGGACCAGAUCUGGAAGUUCCAGCGCCACGACCUAAUAGAGGAGUACCACAGCAGGCCCCCCGCGCCGCCCCCCUUCAUCCUGCUCAGCCACCUGCACCUGUUCAUCAGGAGGGUCGUCCUGAAGAUCCCCGCCAAGAGGCACAAGCAGCUCAAGAGCAAGCUGGAGAAGAACGAGGAGGCCGCCCUUCUGUCCUGGGAGAUCUACCUGAAGGAGAACUACCUGCAGAACCAGCAGUACCAGCGGAAGCAGAGGCCCGAGCAGCAGAUACAAGACAUCGGCGAUAAGGUCAACACCGCGGUGGACCUGCUGGAGAUGGAAAGUCUGAAGCGGUCAGGCUCCACGGAGCAGAGACUGUCCUCCCUGGAGGAGCAGGUGGCCCAGAUGUCCAGAGCAUUGCACUGGAUCAUGAAGGCGCUGAGGGAUGGUGGCUUUGGCUCAGAGGAGGGCCUCCCCACCCUGGCACCCCAGAAGACCUCAGAGGAGCAGGACCAUGAGCUGGACGGCAGGCAGAAGGCAGAAGACGUGGGCGACACCCACCACGUGAACGCCCGGCACCUCCUCUACCCCAACUCCCACGUCACGCGUUUCCCCGUGCCCAACGAGAAGGUGCCCUGGGAGACGGAGUUUCUCAUCUAUGACCCACCCUUUUACACGGACGACAGGAAGGACAAGGGCUUGGUGGACCCCGUGGGAAACGCCCUGGAAGCCUUGGCCAGCAUCAGCUACAACGCCGUGGACGGGCCCAUAGACCGGCGGAGCUUCCAUGGGCUCUACGCGGUUCAGGACGGGCUCCCUCUGAACCCCAUGGGCCGCACAGGACUGCGCGGGCGGGGAAGCCUUGGUUGUUUGGGACCCAACCACACACUGCAGCCUGUGAUCACCCGGUGGAGGCGGAACCAGGAUGGCGCCAUCUGCAGGAAGAGCAUAAAGAAAAUGCUGGAGGUGCUGGUCGUGAAGCAUCCGCUCUCGGAAGCCUGGGCCCUGCCAGGGGGCUCCCGCGACCCAGGAGAGAUACUGCCCCGGAAGCUGAAGCAGGUCCUCCGCAGAGAGUUCUGGUAUUCUUUCCAGAACUUGCUGACGCAGGGCACUGAGGUGUACAAGGGGUACGUGGACGACCCAAGGAACACGGACAACGCCUGGAUUGAGACGGUGGCCAUCAGCAUCCACUUCCCAGACCAGAGCGACAUGGACCUGAAGAGGCUGAACUCUCACCUGCACUCCUGUGACCCCGGGAUGUCCGCCCAGUGGCAGGUCGUGGACAAGCGCAUCCCGCUGUAUGCCCACCACAAGACCAUCCUCCAGAAGGUGGCCACUCUGUUUGGGGCUUUCUACUGACCCGUGGACUCGGCCGGGCCCUGUUGCCAGGGGCAGGUGAGGCCAGCCCGCCCGCGGUCCCCGUGGAGGCUUGGGCUGCCCUGCACACAGGCUGACACCAGCUGCCCGAGCCACAUGCCGCCCUGGACCUCGGGCGGCCAGAGGCUGCUGCUGGGGCACCGCGUGGUGUGUUGUGGGCAUCUGCCACCUCUCAUAGCCACCUCGAGUCGCCGACCAGAUGAGCCUGUGAAUUGGAGGGCAUCAGGGCGCCCCAAGGGGAGAGCCAAGGCAGGGGACAUCUGGCUCUGGUCACUUGGCCAUUCCUCAGGGUUGACGUGGCCCCUGGGACCCUGCCAGCCAUCCUUGCCCCUGCAGCCUCGGCCCUCAGCCAGAUUCCCUCCUGGUCCCAUCGUGAGCAGCUCGUCCACGACCAGACGUGCAUUGGCCCAAGGCCGGUGUUUCCUGGACAGUCGGGGCUCCCCCGUGGCCUUCUCCUCGGGCCCACAUCCCGGAGACGGUGUUCACUGUGACCUUACUCGAACCCUCACCUGCUCUGGGGUGGGGCACCAGGCCCCUCAGUUCACUGCCCCGGGCGGUCAAGGCUGAGCCCGUGCACCAGGGGGUGGGGGCCGCUCAAGCACACGCCUUCUCUGGAGACCCAAGGGUAUCUGCCUAUGGGCUACCCUGGGGCCUCGGGGGGCUCUGCAGGCAUGGCACUCCCUCCCUCCUCCCUGUGAGUGCAGGGAGGGGCAGGCGGUGGGCACAGAUGGCGGGGCGACACCCUGCUCCUUGUCAGUGGCUCACAGACCAUCAGCAUAAACCACCAGGAAUCGUCAGGCCUGGGAAUAUUGUAAAACCCAACAUUAAAUGUGCUGCCCAAACCA